CGGCCUGCCUGAGCCCUGCGCGUGGGAGGGGUCUGUCAAACCUUUCGCUCUCUAAUUAUCCAAGCAAAAGAAACCAAGGACGGGGAGGCGACCAGCAGACACAUUCUGGGAAAGGAAAAGCGAGCUGAACAUGGAAAAUGUUCAAAUAGCUGAUCUAGAACACCUCUACUUUGAUCAAGAGGACAGUUGGUCAGAUCCCACAAAAAGCCUCCCAUGGGCUUCAAACUACCAACACAUCAAUAAAAAGUCACUGUCCAAUGUGCAUCGCUGCGAGUCAGGGAAUUGGAAGACUUCAUGCGCGGAUGCAGGACCAUGGCCAACUGCCUCGCGAGACGGGAAGGUCGGCGCAAUCAGCCAGCGGGGAGCAGAAGCUGAGAUAACCGUAUAUUUCGAGGAGGAAUUGGAGCCAUCUUUCACAUGCAAAGACAAUGUCAAUUUACAACAGGAGGAGGAGACGAGUCCGCAACAGUUAGCGAGGGGCAACAACGGAAGCCUGAGUCACAGCUCCUUCAGCGAACUUCACGAGGGUGUCCAGGAACUUUCCAUGUUGUCAGAUAAUGAGCUCACAUUCGAAGCCUCGGGGAAGUCAGCGGAUUAUGGUUUCAUAAGUGCUGUCACUUGCCUGGUGACUGGCAUCUCGUUAGUCGCCAUCUCCUACAUGGUACCCCAGGAAGUUAAAGUGAACCCGGACAGUGUGUCGGCCCGGGAGAUGGAGAGACUGGAGAGGGAGAACGCCCUGGUAGGGGCUCACCUGAACCGGUGCGUUAUAGCAGGGCUGUGCCUGCUCACCCUCGGGGGUGUGGUUCUCUCCACCCUCCUCAUGGUGUCUAUGUGGAAAGGGGAGAUGUUUAGGAGAAGGGCCUUUGCCUACUCCAAGCAGUCUGCAAAAUUAUAUGGCUCUAUCAAUUUAAGAGGGUGCUCAAGCCCACCUCGUUUCCCCUCCCAAUUGUCUGUUGAAGAUUUGGAAGAGGUCCUAAAUUGACAUUAUGUACAAUUGUAAAGACACUGACUAGUCCCCAUCAGGACAGAAAGUCCCUCUGCAGCUCUUACCAAUGGUGUCUUAAGAUAAUGCUGCUUUGAUUUGUGCAUUUCAUUCAUGUAGCCAACUGGGAAUAUUCCAUUCCACAUGUAGAAUGCUCCAUACCUAAAAUGGGUGGGUAUUAUUUGAAAUAUUAACCUGAACUUAUCCUCAGACAUAAGUUUGUGUUGUGCAGACCAUAACAUCUUAUUAGCAUGACAUUCAUCAUUUUGUCAAGGCAAUGGUUUAUUCUGUGUGUAUAUAGUGUGUAAAUGGGAUAUGAUGUUGUAUCAGGUUUAAAAGACAAUUGCAUGAUCAACACUAGAAAUACAAACACACAUUGUGUCCAUGUGUGUUUUUUGCUGUGCAUACAAAAUGUAAAUACUUAAAGACAAAUAAUAAUACAAGGAUUAUGUUUGUGAGUAGCUUAGUAAAUACUCAAUACACUAGGAUAUUGGACAGCAGAUAUACAAAAACACGAACGACACACAACACACACACACCCCUUAGGAGGGUUAGCCCUCCCCUGGGAAUUACUGUUACUUAAUUAAUUGCCCAUUGCAAACCUGCAAAACACACAUCAGUAAAAUACAACAAAAAAAUAUCAUUAAUUGGUUAUACUCUGCACUUACCUUUUUAGGUAAAUCUAAUAAAUCUUAUAAGGGGAACAAUGGAUGCGCCGGUUAAGGUGCUGUGAACAAACCAUUGAUUGUGUCCCAAAUUGCACCCUAUUCCUUAUUUAGUGCACUACUUUUUGCUCCUAGGGAAUCAGGUGCCAUUUGGGACGCAGAGAUUGUGUCCCCUGCUUAUGGUGAGCAUAAUGCUGUGCAGUGCAGGUUCAGUAAUGGAAUGUUUACAGUCUGCAGGAUCAGAUUAUCCUGUACACCGAGGGUUGCAAUUUCACCAGACUUGCAAGCAAGCAGCACUAACCAUUGCCAAGAUGCACUUAUUUCACCUCUUAGCUCCGUAAUUUAAUGUAUCUACAGUCUGGGGAAAAAGUAUUUGACCCCCUCUCAAUCAGAAAGACUUCUGGCUCCCAGGUGACUUUUAUACA